AUUUAACCAAGGACAAAACAAAACUUUCAGAAGUUCUUUCGCCGAUAUCUCGCAGUGGCCAAUUACCGGUACUUGCGAUACCUAUAGACCACGAUCACAACAAUGAAACGCUUCGCGAAUCCGCCCGCCAAGCCGUGCUGGAUGGGACUCCGAGCGUUAUACCAGUUCCCUCAACGUCUACGUUUCUAACCGAAUCCAAUGCAAUCCUUCUCUACCUUGCCUCUUCCACACCACUUCUUCCAUCCUCCAAUCCGCUGCAUGUAGCUCAGAUCAACGAAUGGCUGUUCUGGGAACAGCAUUCUCACGAACCGAACAUCGCCACUUUGCGGUGGUGGCUUAGGUUUAUGGAUCUGGGAGAAGAUGAGAGAUAUUUGGAUCAGAUAGUGGAAAAGCAGAAAAGAGGGUACAAGGCUUUGGAAGUUAUGGAAAAACAUUUGGACAAAAGAGAGUGGUUUAUAAACGAUGAGGUUUGUGUUGUCGACGUUGCCUUGUAUGCUUAUACCUGUGUCUGUGAGGAAGGGGGUUUCAGUAUUGACAGUUUCCCAAAUGUAAAGAAAUGGCUGAAAAGAUUUGAGGGAUUACCUGGGUAUAUUGGAAUUGAUGAUUAA